AUCGAAUCAAACAUACACAACAAUAACGUUCAGUGUGACGUGUCUUCGGUGAAAAAUACCGACAAUUUCACACCAACAGAAACAUUUAAUCUUGAUCAACUAUCAUUGCAUUUUUUUUUUUUUCAUGAAUUUCCAGACCAUAAACAACAAAUAUUGAAAUUGAAAGUGAAUUGAUUUGGUUUCAAUCUACGAAUUUUUGUAUCGUUUUUUUUCAGUCCGGUUCAAUCAUCAUAGUUAUUGUGAGAAAUAUAUUGAACAAUGAAAAAUCUGACAGUCAAAUCAAAAUCAAUUUUUAUUGUGGCUAUUAUUCUAGCCAUUUGCCUGAAUUCUGUUCAUUCAUAUUUUCUUGUGAUAGAUGCACAUGGUGAAGAAUGUUUCUUUGAACGUGUUGCAUCCGGUACAAAAAUGGGAUUAACAUUCGAAGUGGUUGAAGGUGGAUUCCUUGAUCUCGAUCUUUCCAUUGUUGGUCCCGAUCAUAAAGAAAUUCAUCAUGAAGAACGUGUAUCAAGUGGAAAAUAUACAUUUGCUGCACAUAUGGAUGGUGAUUAUCAAUAUUGUUUUGGUAAUAAAAUGUCAUCAAUGACACCAAAAGUGGUAAUGUUUUCAAUGGAUGUUGAAGAAAAAGCUAAACAUGAAAAUAAAGAUGGUAUUGGUGGUGCUCAUCAUGAUUCAUCAUCUGGAUCAAAUGAUCAUAAUAAAUUAGAAGAAAUGGUCAAAGAUUUAACUAGUGGCCUUUCAUCAGUAAAACAUGAACAAGAAUAUAUGACUGUACGUGAUCGUAUUCAUAGACAGAUAAAUGAUUCCACUAAUUCACGUGUAUUAUUAUGGGCAUGUUUUGAGGCAUUAUUAUUGGUUGCCAUUACAUUGGGCCAGGUAUUCUAUUUGAAACGUUUUUUUGAAGUACGGCGAGUUGUUUUGAAAAAUAACUAAUCAUCAACAACAACAGCAACAAAAAAAAAACAUUUAAUAAUCAAAUUUUGUCA